AUGGUAUUCACGACCAAUUGGCAUUAUUUCUUCUCUCCCUUUUUGCACAACAGGCUAUUCGCCUACAUCCAGGGCAAAAACGAGAACCACGAGAAAAUCGAGAUGACUGCUCCAGUUCUCACCGAGGUCAAACCGAGCGACGGGCCCUUCUGUGCCUCGUCUUUCGUCAUAAGCUUUUACGUCCCGAAAAAGAACCAAGCCACUGCCCCAUCAGCAGAAGGCCUCACUCUCCGAAAAUGGCCCGGGCCUACUUACGUGGCUGUGAGGCAGUUCAGUGGGUUCGUGAAAACCGAUGAUGUCGGGCAACAAGCUGCCGCUUUGUACGCUAGCCUUGUGGGGACCGCUUGGCUCGAAAAAAUAGGGGAUAAUGCCACCUCGGAGUACAUUGUCGCUCAGUAUAAUUCCCCGUUCGAGUUCAAAAACAGAGUCAACGAGAUUUGGUUUACUUUCCAUUUGGACGAAGGCAUUAUGGUUUGA